UCCCGAUCGACAGAACCCAGCUACCACUCACAGCAUUGCUUUUUUUUUGCACCGAAUAGCUUGCUCGCAUCCACAAGUCUCCGCCAAACAAAGAUAAGCCCUACGACAACUUCGAUCCUCUAGCGCGUGGACGAGAUGGACGACCAGUAUCCCGAGCUGCAACUGCCAGAGUCACGGGUCUUGAUCGUCAUAACGGGCGGCACGAUAUGCAUGCGCAAAUCUCCAGACGGACUGGUACCUGCGCGGGGUUUCCUCAAAGCUGGACUUGCACCCAGACCAGUCUUCAAUGAUGGAUCGUACCCCGAGCCUUUGGAGAUUGUUACCGACGAUAAGGGCACACGCAAGGCUGUUCAAAGUCUGAGAACUCCAGUCAGCACCUAUGAUCGCCGCGUGCGAUACUGCGUGCUCGAGUUCGAGAAGUUGCUCGAUAGUAGCUCCAUCGACUCGACUGGCUGGGAUCAGAUCGCUCGGACGGUGCAACGAAAUUACCAACUUUUCGAUGGUUUCGUGAUAUUGCAUGGCACAGACUCUCUCGCGUACACGUCAUCGGCGUUGAGUUUCAUGUUCCAUAAUCUGGGGAAGCCCGUGAUUUUGACGGGAUCUCAAGCGCCGAUGAUGAACUUGCAAACCGAUGCACAGGACAACCUCUUGAAUUCUUUGAUCAUUGCUGGGCAUUUCAUGAUACCAGAAGUGUGUCUAUUCUUCAACUUCAAGCUGUUCCGAGGAAACCGCGCGACCAAAGUUUCUGCAGAAGACUUUGACGCAUUUGGUAGUCCCAAUUUGCCACCGCUGGCUACUGUCUCAUCUACCAAGACGAACGUCUUAUGGCAUCGCGUUCAUAGAUCUGUCGAUCUAAGGCCUUUUACUAUACAAACCAGUCUGGAUACAGCACAUGUAGCUUGCCUGCGUGUGUUUCCAGGUAUUACACCUGCAAUGGUAGACGCAGUCCUUCGCUUGGAAGGCCUCAAAGGGCUGGUACUGGAAACCUUUGGAGCCGGAAAUACCCCUGGAGGACCAGACAGCGCAAUGACGCGAUGCUUAGCAGAGGCGGUAAAGAGAGGGAUCGUGAUCGUGAAUGUAACACAAUGUCUGAGUGGCAGUGUCAGCGCCUUGUACGCCCCAGGAGCAUACCUCGGUCGUGCAGGCGUUGUUUUCGGUCAGGAUCUAACCUCAGAGGCAGCGCUCACUAAGCUGGCAUACCUCCUUGCGCUACCGGAUGCUACCCCCGAAGAGGUUGCAAAGCGCAUGUCCGUUUCCUUACGUGGCGAGCUCACUGAGACCACAAGGACACAUUUCGAGCACCCAUCAAGAAGUGGUGUCCUUACCCCUGAGCUUUCGAGUCUCACAGCGCUCGGCUAUGCUGUCCAAAAAGGUGACCUGCAAGCGACAAAAGACAUAAUUCGAGGAGAGCCCCGCUGGUUGUUGAACGAUGCAGAUUAUCAGAUGAACAGCCCUGUAGUAAGUGCCAUUCCAUCCACUCAGCAUCCUUAUGAUUAUCUCUGCCCUCCGAGUCACCUUCCAACAACAGCACGCAAUUUGAGACCUUCACUGUUGCUGUAUCAUGCAAGAGCCGGUAUCGGAAGGGUUGCACCAUAUUUGCAGCAUGGCUGGCAAUGCAUACACGAUUAUCAAGAUAAAGAAGCGAGACGCCGCCGGCUCAGAGGGACAGAGCCAAACAGCUCACAGUUGUGCCCCAGUAGUGCGCAUCUUGCGGCAACAAGCCCCAACGUUGAGAUUCUGCGAGACUUCCUGGCCCAAGGCGCCUCUGUGCAUCUUCGAAACCGAUCAGGAAAUACCCCGCUCUUCUUGGCCGCAGCGGCUGGCUUACCAGAUCACGUACAGACAUUAAUCGACGCAGGAGCCCAUCUUCACAGCGAUGAAGUCAGUGCCGCAAAGCUGCAUGCGUCAGAGGGCGACGGCAACGCUGAGGUUUGGAGCCGUGUGAUUGGUUGAAAUGUGCAACACGUUGAGCACUGCUGGGAGCACGGUUGAUUGUGGCUGCUUGUUGGCUGCAGCCUAGCGAGCGAAUUGUCUAUUUGAUGGAUGCAUGGCGCCUCGAAAUGUCGCCAUAUAUGGCACGUUAGUCCCCAGAGUCUGGUGACGCACCGGAAUCAGCCCGACGAAUAC